CAUUUUACAGUACUAAAUACCAUGAAAAUUUGCUGUUUGACUGGCACUUUUUAGUCAUUUUCAUUUUAGUAAAGAUAUACAGGAAAUAUAUAGUACUACCUAUCUAAGAUAUUGGGUAUUAUAGGUACCUACAAGCAUGGAAGGUUCUGAUUCAGGAAGCUUUGCUUUUGUGAAGUCAUGUCAGCUUCCAAUGAACAUGAGAAUAAAAAUAAACUCUGUAGACAAGCAGAGACCUUCUCCAUCAUCUCUGGAGAUCCUCAGAGAUCCUAUCCUGGAGUAUUCACCAUGGGCUGACCCAGAGAAAGCUUCAGAUCUCCUCAUCCAAUGCCAGGUCUAUUCAGGAAACUCUCCAUACUCAUUGUCAACACAAACGUCAUUCGUGGAGAUGACAAAUCGCUGGGACUGGUACGAAUGGCUGGAGUUGCCAGUGUUGGUGUGUGACUUGCCAAAAGACAGUCGACUUGUGUUCACAGUCUGGGACAGCAAAAAGCCUGGCCAGAUGCACUGCAUUGGCACGGGAAGUCUAGACGUUUUUGAUGAAAAUGGUGAAAUGUUGACAGGGAAAAAGGACAUCAGGCUCGUUGAGGACCCUGACAAAGAAGACACCCCUGAAAUGAAGAAGAUAAUCAGCAGAUUAGCUGAGCUUGAAGCUAAACUCAAUAAAUACGAGAGAGGACAGACGGUACAAAUCGACUGGAUGGACAGACUGGCUUUCAGGGAAAUUGGUCAGUUGACUGAUAAACUAAAGAAGGAAUCUGGCUCAUUAUUUCUUAACAUUGAAUUCCCAACUUUCCUAAAUGGUCGUGAAAAACUGACUGUUCUGUUUUACGAACAAGGAAUGAACUCCCAUUAUUCAAUCCAACGUAACUGUCAAUACUGCAAGCUGUAUGAUCCAAGUGCGGGCAUGGAGAACAUAAUUGAAAAGAAGCAUUUGGCUCUCGCUAGAUCGUUAAGAUCAGGACUGAAUGACAGAGACAUCCGUCCUAAUGCCGAGAUAAAGAAGAAGCUAAACGAGAUCAUGGAGUAUCCUCCGACUACUGUACUCUCAGGCUCAGAAUUGGACUUGGUGUGGAAGCAUCGCUACUACCUCAGCGAGCAUCAGUCUGGACUCACCAAGUUUGUUAAGUGCAUCAACUGGUCCAUUCCUGAGCAGAAAAAGGAAGCCAUUCAGCUGCUCAACUCCUGGGCCGUACUUGAUGCCGAGAAUGCUUUGGAGUUGCUGGGUCCUAGCUUCACAGUGCCAGAGGUGCGUCAAUACGCCGUACGCAGGCUUGGUGAGAGCUCCGAUGAAGACCUGAUGCUAUACCUCCUUCAGCUCGUCCAGGCGCUCAAAUACGAACCCUUCUCUCCUGAAACUUUUACUUUCAACGAGGCCUAUUACUCCGAUGACUUCGAUAUCAUCGGCACACAAAACACUCCCAGCAAACCAGAGAACUCCCCCCUGCCUGAUGCCAUCACAGGACUCCCCAACUCCAAACACGGCGGAGGGCUGCUCGAGCUCCUGGUGCUGAGGGCGUCCAGUAACUUGCUGCUGGCGUCCUCCCUUUACUGGUUCCUUAAAGUGGAGUGUGAGAGCGGCAGGCAGCAGCAGCAAGAGCACCGAGGGGAACAGAACGUGAUCUGCCAGCACGCGCUGGACAGCCUCAUGGCCACGCUGAGGUCUGGAGAGCCUGCAGCUCGUAAGACGGCGCACUGUCUCGCGAGACAAGACCAGCUCGUCAGCCGUCUCGUCGCCAUGGUCCAGGAGAUGAGGAGUAAAUCCUUCAACAGGGAGCAGAAAGUUCGUUUCCUAAAGAACACUUUGGCCGAUCCUGUGCUGAACCUCGCCACCUUCCCACAGCCGCUGCCUCUCCCACUUGAUCCUAAGGUGCUGGUGACCGGCAUCGACUACGACAGCGUCGUGGUGUUCAAGUCUGCGCUGGAGCCCUGCACCGUGAGCUUCAGGACGCUGGACCCCGGCCCGCCCUACAAGACCAUCUUCAAAGUGGGCGACGACCUGCGGCAGGACCAGCUCAUCCUGCAGCUGAUCACGCUGAUGGAGCGCCUGCUGCUGAGGGAGAACCUGGACCUGAAGCUGACACCGUACCGCGUGCUGGCCACGGCCCCCAACCACGGCUUCGUGCAGUUCAUUGAUGCUGCCGUUAUUGCUGACAUUUUGCGGGACGACGCGUCGGUGCUGAAUUACCUGAAGCGCAGACACGCGGAUCCGGACGCUCCCUUGGGCAUCACUCCGCAGGUGCUCGACAACUACAUCCGCAGCUGCGCAGGCUACUGCAUCAUCACCUACAUCCUGGGCGUGGGCGACCGCCAUCACGACAACUUGAUGCUCACGGCCGAUGGCUGCUUCUUCCACAUCGAUUUUGGCUACAUCUUGGGCCGCGACCCUAAACCUUUACCGCCCCUCAUCAAACUAAGCCGGGAAAUUACUGAUGGUUUGGGCGGACAAACAAGUGAACAAUAUCAUCAGUUCCGUCAGUUGUGUCGCACUACUUUCCUCAGCUUGAGACGUCAUGCGAACCUGGUUUUGAAUUUGUUCUCUCUAAUGAUAGAUGCGAGUGUACCUGAUAUCGCACUAGAGCCUGAGAAAGCUGUCAAGAAAGUCGAGGAAAGAUUUCAUCUUGACUUGACAGACGAACAAGCUUCGUCUAAAAUACUAAGUGUGUUGCAUGAAUCCGCUAAUGCCGUCAUGGGGGCAGUGGCUGAGAACUUCCAUAAGUUCACGCAGUACAUCAGAAAUUAGGUGGCCAGGUUUGUGAUUAAAUAGCUUAAUUGUGCACGUUGCACUUGUCGACAGCUGGCAAGCUUCGAUAUUGUUGCUAAGUAUUUCUAGAAAUUCGAUUUUUUUUUGUGAUGAGAGAAAGGUUAGAUACACACAAGAAUGACUUAAGGCCGUAUUUUUAUUACAAAUAAAAAAUUUGCACAUUUAUACCGUACUCCAUCAGCUCUAAAUGUCAGCCUGUAACUUGAGUAAUGCUUCUGAACUUGAAGUCUUUACUUGAAAAAAGAAGAAAGAAACGCAAUUGGUGUCCUGUUGUUGUUUCUUGAUUUUCUGCUUUACUCGGGGUAAGUAAUACAAUUAUUUUUUAUUUGCCUUUAAAUAUUUGGGAGGUAAAAUCAAAAACGUAAAUGCCUCGUCAUCGUCGAGUUUCCAGAGCUAAUAAGCAGACACGCAGAUAAGCUAUCAAGAACUGACUUUUUUUGCAAUAUAAAGAUCUCGAAUAAUUUUAGGUUUCAGUAGGCUGUUCAGCGUAGAAAUCAAUAUAUUUCUGCCGUGUUCGUCUAUAUUUUUCACUCAUGUAUUUAAUUUACUUUAUCCUCGCGCCAAAGAGUAAAUAAUUUACGUUGGGUGUGAA